AUGGAACCCACCAUGGAACCCACCAUGAACCCUAACGACAGCCCUCUCAGCAACCUCGAUUUGUGGUGCGACUGGAGCGGCAUUCCAGAGGAACCGGUGUCUAUCACCAUUGCCAUGGAGCUACAAACCUGCGGUCAUCCCAACCUCAAUUUACCAAUCCUCAAUGUCCAGUCGCCGAACAUCGUCAAGUGCCCGUCUUGGGUUAUCCAGUUGAAGCCUGACUUUCACUAUGAUACCGACUCCCCACCCGAGAAAGAAGCUUGGCGACCUGGCCAAGAAUAUAGUGACGAGACCGAGAGAUACCCUGCCAAUAAUGACACUGUUGCGGAGUCUGCGAGUGUUGUUGUUCACGAUGGUUCGCGGGAUGAAGAUCCCCAGGAUAUCAUUCCUCGUACUGUGGAUAUCUCGGGGAUGUACACCCAGGUUGAUAGCUCCCAUAGCUCAACCUCUUCUGACCCUCGCAAGAGCCAGGUCGCCAGCUUGGGCAGCCCACACUCUCCAAACCCUCGUAAGAGAUCUGCCAAGGCUGCUUCUCUUCCAGACUCAAUCCCUCCUGACGAUGAGUACCAAGGCACCCGACACAAACUUACGAUGACCAAGAUCGAUCCGUCGGAGCCUGUGUCUCAGGACAGCACCACCACCGAGGAGAUCGUCACACCCAUUCACAGUCCUUCCGCCAGCCUUGAUGGAACCAGCGUGAUGCCUGAGAACAUUCCGUUGCCUCAAGACUCGACUCCGGGUACUGUGUCAGUUUCCCCGAGCGUUACAUCUACAUCUGAGCACCCCGCACUCAACGGCAAGGCAGUGGCGGUUGACAAUGUACCUGAACUCGACGAAACACCCCCUUUGCACAUUGCAGAAACUCCUAGCAAGAUUGACUUGAGCGGUACUGAACCGCUCACCGAAGCGAACUUGCUCCAGCGGAAUUAUGAUACACUCUCGACUCGUGGGUGCAACGGAAGCUUUUCUGACACUGGAGACAGUGACAAAGAAAAGGAGGACCUGCUUCUUUCACUUGAAUUCAUCGGAUCGCCAUCAUUUUCCUCGUGUCCUGGGUUUACCCCUCCGCCCCGGACGUCCGCAGAAAUUGCCGAAGAGUACAAGCCCCAGCUCAUCUUGCACAAUGAUAUUCUUUACGUGCAGACCCCUCCCAUUGUCUACUCCGCGACAUACCAAAUCGCAAUUUCCCUCAAGGUCAGGUUGCAGAAAGGAAAAUCGAAGGAUUGGUGGGAGUUGGCUGUGAGUGGACUGCCUCGACUCGCCCAAUUCGAGUCUGGUUAUAUCUACUUCCGAACACCCCCGGGUCAGGGUAUGGAAUUUGUGACUUCAUCUUUCAAACGGCAUACCCUUGUGGAAAGCUGCUUGAUGGCCCAGUUUGGCAGUGGAAAAAACCUCGUGAUUGCGUUCCGUAAGUGCAAUGCAGAAUACUACGGACAACUCAAGGACUACAAAGUCAACACAGUCAUACGGAUGGAGGUGGCUGACGAUCCAUCGUCCUAUCUGAUCAAAUACAAUGCUGUUUGCUCCAUUGAUCUCAUCAACCACAACUUCUGGGCCGAGACGUGCAAAUUCCGCCUUUUCGUGCAUGGCGGCCCAGAGGGCGAGUUUGACGCCGUUUUCACUGCUAAAAAACCUCUGGUCAACUCUAUUCGGCUGCAGUCAGAUGGCAUUGGAAUUUCACGCAUCAAUAUCGUCAGCAUUCCGCAAGCUCUGGACAUGUUCAUGGUGUCGUGGGAGGUCAAUCUGCCACGAAGCAAGGCUGUCACCUGGCAGCCAUGGAUCAAAACCACGUUGUACAGUGAGGCUGAAAUUAUCCUCCAAGAAGAUUACGCCAUUUAUGGUUCCAAUCAUGAAAUUGUACCUCCGAAGUAUCUGAAUGCUGAUACUAGGUGCCAGUUUUCAUGUGGUCAACCAGGAGGUAUCUGUGUUCCGGAGCUUAAUCAUUUUAAACCCCAAGUCACUCGGCCUCCAUAUGUCCACGAUGGCUUCGCCAUUCACAGGCCUAAUCUGACAGGGCCUUUAUCAGGCAGAAGUCGAGCUUCUAAGUCUACGAGUACACAGACCCUAGUUGCCGAGACUCCAGCUCCGGUCGCUAGGCCAAAGAAGCCACGCCAUGUACGCGGACUAUCCGUCCUGUGGUCCCUGGCCAAGUUAUUUUUCUUCCUUCUCCAUGUGCUUGGUUUUGUAGUCUCUGUGCACUUGAUCUACUGGUCGUACUUGCUGCACAACAGUGUGUUCUACGAAGUCCACGUCUAUGGCCCAGUGGACCUCGCAGAGAAUUCCACUACCAAUGCUCAAGAGGCCAAGAGUGUCCUGGCGGAGUUUAGUCUUCAUCCUGAGCUGAUUCAACCUGAAUCUCAGCAGUAUGUCAACACCACACCUGCUGAUAUCACCCCAAUGCCCCUGAGAGACCGCAUCGAUUACCUUCUCGGAUGGCGAGGACCAAUUGCGCAGGAGUAA